AUGCAAUCAGACUUGGCCGUAUCUAUCCUCAAAGUGCUGGGAGGAUCUGAAGGAGGACAUUUGCGGCAUUUCCUGCCAAACAAACCUUAUCCAAAGAAUGCAGACAUCGUGGAUCUGGAUAAACGUCUAGAACAAUUAUGGGCUGGGUCUCCGGCACUACCUUAUGCGGCAAAGUACUGGGGCUAUCAUGUUUUUAAAAGUCAAAUUUUGUACCUCGUGGAGCUGUUAAGCUUGAUGGAUCAUGUACAUCUUAUUCGAAAUUUCGAGGAGAUUCGGCGAAGUUGUGAAUGCCAAGGGUUGGGUGAUGAGGUCGAGGUAUGCCAUGAUACAGUUAGACUUGUCCAGAGGCAUCAAAAAACACUAGAGAAGAGUGCGCUGGAUAUCUACUCUUCAGGGCUACUAUUCCUCCCUCGAAAGUCACAACUGUGGACGAUAUACAAGAGCAAGUUUUCAGAUCGACUACCAAGAAUCAUUGGAGGACCAUCAGUGCAUUGGCCCUCACACCAGACUUUGACUGGACAUACCGAUUCUGUCCAAUGUCUGGCCUUCUCGCCAGAUGGGCGCCGUCUUGCGUCUGGAUCUCGGGAUCGCACUGUACGCCUGUGGGAUGGGACCACCGGUGCAAGCCUUGGGACGCUUGAGGGACAUACCGAUUGGGUCCAAUGUCUGGCCUUCUCGCCAGAUGGGCGCCGUCUUGCAUCUGGAUCUCAGGAUGGCACUGUACGCCUGUGGGAUGGGACCACCGGUGCAAGCCUUGGGACGCUUGAGGGACAUACCGAUCCUGUCCAAUGUCUGGCCUUCUCGCCAGAUGGGCGCCGUCUUGCAUCUGGAUCUCGGGAUCGCACUGUACGCCUGUGGGAUGGGACCACCGGUGCAAGCCUUGGGACGCUUGAGGGACAUACCGAUUGGGUCCAAUGUCUGGCCUUCUCGCCAGAUGGGCGCCGUCUUGCAUCUGGAUCUCGGGAUCGCACUGUACGCCUGUGGGAUGGGACCACCGGUGCAAGCCUUGGGACGCUUGAGGGACAUACCAUCUGUCCAAUGUCUGGCCUUCUCGCCAGAUGGGCGCCGUCUUGCAUCUGGAUCUCGGGAUCGCACUCCUUGGGACGCUUGAGGACAUACCGAUUGGGUCAAUGUCUGGCCUUCUCGCCAGAUGGGCGCCGUCUUGCAUCUGGAUCUGGGGAUCGCACUGUACGCCUGUGGGAUGGGACCACCGGUGCCCUGGGACGCUUGAGGACAUACCGGGAGGGUCAUGUCUGGCCUUCUCGCCAGAUGGGCGCCGUCUUGCAUCUGGAUCUGGAUCGCACUGUACGCCUGUGGGAUGGGACCACCGGUGCAAGCCUUGGGACGCUUGAGGACAUACCACCAUCGUGUCUGGCCUGCCAGAUGGGCGCUCUUGCAUCUGGAUCUCAGGAUCGCACUGUACGCCUGUGGGAUGGGACCACCGAUGGGCGCCGUCUUGCAUCUGGAUCUCGGGAUCGCACUGUACGCCUGUGGGAUGGGACCACCGGUGCAAGCCUUGGGACGCUUGAGGGACAUACCGAUUGGGUCCAAUGUCUGGCCUUCUCGCCAGAUGGGCGCCGUCUUGCAUCUGGAUCUGGGGAUCGCACUGUACGCCUGUGGGAUGGGACCACCGGUGCAAGCCUUGGGACGCUUGAGGGACAUACCGAUUGGGUCCAAUGUCUGGCCUUCUCGCCAGAUGGGCGCCGUCUUGCAUCUGGAUCUGGGGAUGGCACUUGUCUGGCCUUCUCGCCAGAUGGGCGCCGUCUUGCGUCUGGCUCUGGGGAUGGCACUGUACGCCUGUGGGAUGGGACCACCGGUGCAAGCCUUGGGACGCUUGAGGGACAUACUGGGGGUCUGUGUCUGGCCUUCUCGCCAGAUGGGCGCCGUCUUGCAUCUGGCUCUGGGGAUGGCACUGUACGCCUGUGGGAUGGGACCACCGGUGCAAGCCUUGGGACGCUUGAGGGACAUACCAGGAGGUCUCGUGUCUGGCCUUCUCGCCAGAUGGGCACCGUCUUGCAUCUGGAUCUCGGGAUUGCACUGCAUUUAUAUUUCUCCAAGGUGGACAUUUCUUACAUGUGGACAAUGGACCAGUACUCAAUGUCUCCCACAAUCGCCUUCAGUCACUCUCAUCUCCAUGUCCGAGUGUCACGCCCAACCAUGAGCAUUCCACAGUAG